AUGGCCUCCUCGAUAGAUCACUCAAUCGCAGCCGUCUUGGAUUUGACCAUUGGCGACGAUGACAUGAAGGUGGAAACAUCUUCUCCUUUCAUGCCUUUUCUCACACGCGCGUCCAUUCCCAAGCCUCAAGAUAUCAUUGACUUGACCUCGGAUAAUGAAGAAGACGAGGACGUGCAGACCCUCACUUCGGAGAUGCAAAGCGUCACGGGCCCCUCCGGCAAUGCUGCUGUGGAUAACAUGGAGCUUGGCCGAUUUGUUCGGACUCCUCGGGCUACUCGGACCAUAAGCCGAAAGGCAUCAGGACGAUCUGUCCGCCCGAGCCCUCAACUCUCGGAAACCGUCAUUGGUGGUAUUCUUUACCGUGCUGGACUGUCCCUGGAGCUCAAGGAUGGCUCCUUUCUUCGCAUUCAACAGGUUGACCCUUUGGGUUACGACGUGCGUUUCACCGGCCGUCGUCUCUUCCGUGCCACGCACCCCGAGGUCAAGAUGUACAUCCCUAAGAAGGACAACGAGCUGAUCUGGGUCACGCAAAAGACCGACUCGGUGAGCAUCAAGAAUGUCAAGCAGAUGUGUGACAUUCGCUUCACUAAUCAUCGCACCGACUUUGACGUGCCCACUCCGCAGCUGACUUGCCGCCUCAAGCUCACAAUUCGCCAGCAGGGCGUUGUCCUCGUCCCUGGCCAGCACCCCUUGACAGCUGACCAGACGGCCAUUGAAUACCUCGAUUUCCGCGAAAGUGAUAACGGAUUGGGCAAGACCUCUAUCCAGCUGCGUGAUGAAUGGCGAGGACUGGGCCGCACGACACUUUUCGGGGAGGGACAGGCACCUAUUUCAGCAGCAGAAGACAUCGACAAUGACGAGGUUAUUGAUCUCACUGGUGUCAUCGCUGGACGGUCACGGGCAUACACCUUUGGCGAUGCAUACUGUGGUGGCGGUGGUGUAUCCUGUGGCGCCAGACAAGCUGGACUAGACAUCAAGUGGGCAGUUGACUCUUGCCGUCACGCUGUCGAUACCUACCAGCGUAACUUUGAAGGGGUAGAGAUCGAGCAUGCCCAGUUCUUCGAUUUCCUCACCAACGAUCCGAACUGGAUGCGCGUAGAUAUCUGCCACUGCUCACCUCCCUGCCAAACAUUCUCACCCGCCCACACCGUCAACUGCAACCGCGAUGACGACAAUUCGGCUUGUAUCUUCUCCGCCGGAUGCUUGUGCCGGACUGCUAAGCCACGGGUUCUGACUAUGGAGGAGACCUCCGGCUUGCCUGAGCGGUUUCCUGAUAUCUUCCACCGGGUGCUGCUUGAUAUGGUGGAGAUCGGAUAUUCUCUCCGCUGGGCAGUGUUGCGCUGCGAUGACUAUGGCGUACCUCAGGAGCGGAAGAGGUUGCUGGUGAUUGCUGCAGGACCGGGAGAGAUCCUCCCUCAUCUUCCCCAACCAACUCACGGAUUGAUCGCUUCCCCUGGACUUCUCCCUCGUUCAUCCAUCUGGUCUGCUAUUGGCCUUAUCCCCGAUGAUGCCCAAGAUCACGAUAUUGAGGCAGGCUUUGCUCGCUGGGAGUUAGCUCACCGCGCCGAUUAUAACGGAUAUGCACCGGCCAAGACCAUCACUUGUGGUGGGGGGAACCACAAUGUGCGCAAGCAAAUUGGCAACGCGGUGCCCCCUUUGUUCGCAAAGGCCAUUUAUGCAGAGAUCGCCCAGUGCCUGCGCGAAUCGGACACAAAGGAGGCCAAUGGCGUCUAUCGCUGA